UGCAUCGUGAUUGAUGUUCACGCUUGGCGAAUAGGAAAAGUAAGCACCACUAAGGGGCGUUUCCAGGAAGAGAUCAGUUACAUUUUCCUGUAAUGGCGGACCAGGCAGAGAGCGAGACUAUUGGGUUCAACGACAACAGAAUGGCGCAGCAGGCGGUGCGAUUUCGCGGCCCUGCCCCUGCCCCUGCGCCUACACAGACCCCAGUGUUACGAGGCCCACCACCACUGCUUAGGCCACCACCGCCUCCUUUUGGGAUGAUGAGGGGGCCCCCACCACGGCCCCCUUUUGCACGUCCUCCCUUUGACCCAAACAUGCCACCAAUCCCUCCACCAGGAGGGAUGCCACCACCUAUUGGACCUCCCCACCUGCAGAGACCUCCGUUCCUUCCCCCUCCCAUUGGUAACCUGCCACCUCCACCAGGAAUGCUGUUUCCUCCUGGAAUGCCUCCCGUUCCCGCAUCUGGAACCCCUGCACUCAAUCCCGCUGAAGAAAUCUGGGUAGAGAACAAGACACCAGAGGGAAAGACAUAUUACUACAACGCCAGGACCAGAGAGUCAUCAUGGACUAAACCUGAUGGUGUGAAGAUCAUCCAGCAGUCUGAACUCAACCCUCUUCUUGUGGCAGGGUGGGCUUCAGGUUCGGGGGCAAGUGUUGGGGUGACUGCAGCUGCCAGCUCAAGCAGUGUCAACACUACAGCAAGCACAGCAGCAGCCUCCCCUACUCAGGCCCCUUCCUCAACCCCCUCCCGCACUCUCACCUCCAGUCCAGACUCCAUCACCACCCACUCCCCAUCUGUGAGCAUAGCAGCCACCGUUGUAGCAGACCUCCCCCCUAUUCCCACAGUGACCUCAUCUGUUGGCGGUUCGGUCACUGUGGUGACUGUUUCCACGGUGCCAUCACCUGUGUACAGCAGUUCAGACGUGCCACUGCUUCCAGGCCUGCCUCACAGUGUGGCCCAGCCCACUGCAGCCAUACCUGCCUUCCCUCCUGUUAUGGUGCCACCUUUCAGGGUGCCUUUGCCAGGCAUGCACAUCCCUCUACCAGGUGUAGCAAUGAUGCAGAUAGUAGAUGCAACCUGUGUAAAGGCAGGCCCCAGCGCCAACGGCAUGCUUCCUGGUAUGGGUCCGCCCUUAGUUUCCAUGAUGCACCCCCAGCUGACGCUCUCAGCAGCUCCUGCUUCCAUGGCUGGAUCAUUGCAGCUCCCCGAGUGGUCAGAGUACAAAACAGCAGAUGGGAAAACGUACUACUACAACAACCGGACGCUGGAGUCCACCUGGGAGAAACCACAGGCUCUGGUGGAGAAAGAGAAAGAAGCAGAAAAGGCUAAGGAGCGACUGGCCCAAGAGGAAGCUGAGGCAAUGGAGAUGGAGGAUAAGGAGAACAAAAUGGAAAACACUAAUAAUGAGAAGGAGAACCAUUUCUUGUUUGCGUCUCUUUGUCAAGGAGCCAAAGAAGAAGAGAUGACAGAGGAGGAAAAAGCAGCUCAGAAGGCCAGGCCUGUGGCCACCAACCCUAUUCCUGGCACACCAUGGUGUGUGGUAUGGACAGGCGAUGAUCGCGUAUUCUUCUACAAUCCAACAACACGACUCUCCAUGUGGGACCGCCCCGAGGAGCUGGUUGGUCGAGCUGAUGUUGACAAGCACAUCCAGGAGCCACCACAUAAGAGAGGUCUGGAGGAGAACAAGAAAACAGGUGUCAGCAAGGAGGACCCAGAACUAUCCAUCGCUACAGAAGAGAAUCAAGAUGAGGAGCCGACCAAAGCCAAAAAGAGGAAGGAGGACAUGAAGGAGGCAGACACUGAGAAGGAAGCAGCAAUGGAGGCAGAGCUCCGAGCAGCUAGAGAAAGAGCUAUAGUGCCAUUAGAGGCCAGGAUGACCCAGUUUAAAGAAAUGUUGUUGGAGAGAGGGGUGUCUGCAUUCUCAACUUGGGACAAAGAACUCCAUAAGAUUGUUUUUGACCCACGUUACCUACUGCUGAACCCAAAAGAAAGGAAACAGGUUUUUGAUCAAUAUGUGAAGACACGAGCAGAGGAGGAAAGGAAGGAGAAGAAAAACAAACUGAUGCAGGCCAAAGAUGAGUUCAGGAGGAUGAUGGAGGAGGCGAAGCUCACACCAAGGAACACAUUUAGUGAAUUUGCAGUGAAGCACGGCCGAGAUCCCCGAUUUAAGACCAUAGAGAAGAUGAAGGACAGGGAGGCUAUCUUCAUGGAAUUCAUCACCGCUAUGAGGAAGAGAGAAAAAGAAGACUCCAAAUCCAGGGGAGAGAAGGUCAAGCAGGGACUUUUUGAUCUUCUAAGUGAGCAGCACAGAGGAGGCCAGCGGUGGAGCAAAGUGAAAGAGAGGCUAGAGACUGACCCGCGAUACAAGGCUGUGGAGAGCUCUGCACUCAGAGAAGAACUUUUCAAGCAGUUCAUGGAAAAACAAGCCAAGAAUGUGGACAUCGAGAAGGAGCGAGAGUUGGAGCGGCAGGCUCGUAUCGAGGCCAGUCUCAGAGAGAGGGAGCGGGAGGUGCAGAAGGCCCGAUCAGAACAGACCAAAGAGAUUGACAGAGAAAGGGAACAGCACAAGAGGGAGGAGGCCAUCCAGCAUUUCAAAGCUCUUAUGUCUGAUAUGGUACGGUCUUCUGAUGCAACAUGGUCAGACACACGUCGUAACUUGCGGAAAGACCAUCGCUGGGAGUCGGCGUCGCUGCUGGAGAGAGAGGAGAAGGAGAAGCUGUUUAAUGAACACGUAGAAGCGCUGGCCAAGAAGAAGAAAGAACUCAGACAGCUGCUGGACGAGACCAGCAUGAUUACUCUGACAACCAGGAAGGAGGUGAAGAAAGUUAUUAAAGAUGAUCCUCGCUGUAUUAAAUUCUCUUCCAGUGACAGGGGUAAGAUGAAAGAGAUUAGUUAUAAGAGACAGCGGGAGUUUGAAGACUACAUCAAAGACAAAUACAUCACAGCCACUGACUUCAGGACGCUGCUGAAGGAGACAAAGUUCAUCACAUACAGGUCGAGAAAGCUCAUCCAGGAGUCUGAGCAGCAUCUGAAGGACGUGGAGAAGAUCCUUCAGAAUGAUAAGCGGUACCUUGUUCUGGAGUGUGUCCCUGAGGAACGCAGGAAACUCAUCAUGUUCUACAUUGAAGAUCUAGACCGUCGUGGCCCGCCACCUCCCCCCACGGCCUCUGAACCCACCCGACGAUCUACCAAGUGACCAAUCUAAUUACCAUCUUGACCAGUGCUGUACUUCUCCUUGCCCUCCCUUUGGCCAGAGCAUGACCUCCCCUCGGCACCCCCUGAUCCCCGCUCUCCAGGCCCACUGCCGGCCUUGCAGUGUUAUUGCGGGGGGUUAUGUUGCUUAGAGAUGUACCAUAGAGAUGAAUGGUUAGCGUCUCUGUGUUAUGUCAAAGCCAUGAUAUAGCCCUGCAUUUGAGGCAGCAGGGACUAGAGGUUACCUGAUCCCAGGGUGACCCUUAACCCCUCACCUCUGAUGACCACAUUAGAGAGAGGAGGGGCAAGUGAUGAGGCUGCAGGCUGUGCAGCCACACAAGUGUAAAAUAGCCUAUGUAAAUGAGGUUGAGUGUGUGUAUGCAUGUGAUUGAGGCGUCCUUAAGCCUUACAGAUCCACUGUGCCAGUCAUCGUUUCAGCGGCUCAGUGUGAAUGUUAGUUUCUGCUCAGUGGUUCACUCCAAUGUUGCAGCAGUUUCUCUGUUGAAUGAAAUAAAGACAACGUCCACUGUUUUUCAA